GGGACAAGACUUGCUAAUGAAUAUUUCUGGCAAUGAACUUUGUAGUUUCAGCUAUUCUGACAGUGACUGUUCUUGUCUUCCCUCAGAGGCCAGAGAGCCUGCGUGGCAGUGACAGGCCUGCAUUGUACCAUGUCAGCGCUCAAUUACACCAGCUCCCACCCUGCAACGUUCAUCUUGCUCGGCAUCCCAGGCAUGGAGCAGGCACACGUCUGGCUCUCCAUCCCCUUCUGUCUGAUGUACGUUGUAGCCCUUCUCGGGAACUCUGUCCUCCUCUUCACCAUCAUAACAGAGCCGAACCUCCAUGAGCCCAUGUACAUGUUCCUGUCCAUGUUAACAGUGGCCGAUCUGCUGUUAUCCACCACUACGGUGCCGAAAACCCUGAAUGUUUUCUGGUCUCUCUCCAAGGAGAUCUCUUUCAACGGCUGCCUCACCCAGAUGUUUUUCAUUGAUUUUAUUUUCAUUACCGAGUCGGCCAUCCUACUGGCCAUGGCCUUUGAUCGGUACGUUGCCAUCUGCGACCCGCUGCGGUACACAACUGUAUUAACACUCCCUGUGAUUAGGAAGAUAGCCGUGGCCGCUCUAACCAGGAGCUUAUGUAUAAUGUUCCCAGUCAUCUUUCUCCUUAAACGGCUCCACUAUUGCGGACAUAAUAUUAUGCCUCACACGUACUGCGAGCACAUAGGUGUGGCCACAUUGGCCUGUGGGGACAUAACAGUCAAUAUUUGGUAUGGUUUAGCAGCUGGUUUCCUAUCAGCAGGAUUGGAUGCUAUUUUUAUUGCGGUCUCCUAUGCUUGCAUCCUCUGGUCUCUCUUUAGGUUGCCAUCCCAGGGCGUCCACCUCAAGGCUCUGAACACGUGCGGCUCCCACAUCUGUGUCAUACUAAUGUUUUACACCCCAGCGUUUUUCUCCUGGGGCACCCAUCGGUUUGGUCGCCGCAUCCCCCACCACACCCUCAUUCUACUGGCCAAUCUCUACGUCGUCGUCCCCCCCAUGCUGAACCCCAUUGUUUACGGGGUGAGGAGCAAACAGGUCUGGGAAGGAGCGAUCCGUGCGUUCUUGCGUUGAGUGCGGCAGCUGGGCUGAGCCAUGAAUCUCGCCAACAAGUCCGUUUAGAAAUGAAAUUGGGUUGAAAUGACAUUGGGUAGAGAAUUGCAGUGGGAUGAUGCAGGCAGACAACAUAAUGAAGCUGAAUCUGGCAGGCUACAAUUCCUGAUCCACAUUGUUUCAUUUGAGGCUUCCCCAUACUGCUCUAAUCCCACCACGGUCUGAGUGUAUUUCGUACUUGUCUAUCAAAGUCCUUUACAAAUCGAAAAUAGCUGUUCCUCUGCGCUUCUCAAACUGCAGGAGCUCAGAUGACGAGCUUCUUAGACAUUAUUAUAAAGGGAUCAAACAGACCUAUAGAACGUGCAAAACACAAUGUUAAAAAGAACAUUAUUAAGGUUGCAAAGUCAAGCAUUCACAUGUUGGGACGUGGCAGAAGGCCCAGGCAGUCUGAAUACAGCCCCUCCUCGUGGAUACGUUUUUUACACUGUCUUUAACUGAUUUGUGAUGUUA